UUUUUUAGACAAAAAUAAUCUGAUAAGUAAAUGCUUAAAAUGAUGCGUCUCCGGGAGAUUUCUUCUCAGUUGAGUGGUUUGCCUCUAAAGAAAAUGUGGCAGGGCCUGCGAAACCGCUUCGAUUCUUGCCGAAAUAAGAUUGCCGAUGAAGCGGAUGAAGGUAGAAAUCGAUCGGGGUCCUCUAAAUAUUCCAAAUAUGCCGAACAAAAAUGGAGGGGACCUUGGUAUUUGGCCAGUGGCUUCCUUCUCUUCUGGGUUCUUCUGUUCUUUGCCGUUGUGGUGCCACUCUUCUACCGUCUUCCGAACGGUUUGACCAUCGAGGAUGCCUACAAAGGCGUCUUCAUUGCCGAGCGAGCCCAGAAAGAUCUCUGGAAUCUGGACAAGAUUGGCCCCAAAGUAGUUGGAAGUGAUGCCAAUGAGAACCAAACGGUUAAUUACCUCCUGAGUGUGGUGGAAGGGAUUCAGGCAAUCGCCCUGGACGACUACUUUGAAGUUGAAGUCGACCUACAAGAGGUUUCUGGUUCCUACAUCCAUAGGACGAUGAUUAAUAUGUACCAAGGCGUGCAGAAUAUAGCCGUCCGGUUGACCCCGAAGAACUCUACAAGUAAUUCUACCAUCCUGAUCAACGCCCACUUUGAUUCGAAGCCAACCAGCCCAUCUGCUGGGGACGAUGGACAAAUGGUUGCGGUCAUCCUAGAGAUCCUACGGGUGAUGUCCACAACCGAACAGACAUUCAGGCAUCCAAUCAUAUUUCUUUUAAACGGCGCCGAAGAGAAUCCCCUGGAGGCCUCGCAUGGAUUCAUAACCGAACACCCGUGGGCCAAGGACUGCAAAUUGUUAAUUAAUUUGGAUUCCUCUGGUGGUGGCGGUCGAGAGAUUGUCUUUCAAACUGGUCCCAAUCACCCCUGGCUAAUAAAGUACUAUAAGAAAAAUGCUAAACAUUAUUUUGCCACCACCAUGGCGGAAGAAAUCUUCCAAACAGGUAUCCUGCCAUCCGAUACCGACUUUCAUAUAUUUGUUAAGUACGGAAAUCUAAUUGGUCUGGAUAUUGCUCAGUGCAUCAAUGGAUAUACCUACCAUACCAAAUAUGAUCGUUUUUCAAAUAUACCUCGAGGCUCUACCCAAAAUACAGGUGACAAUGUACUGGCCCUGGUUAGAGCCCUCGUUAAUGCCACUGAGUUGGACGACCUUUCGGCCCAUGGCUCGGGUCAUGCUGUGUUUUUUGAUUUUCUGGGACUUUAUUUCAUCAACUAUAAUGAGAGCACGGGCAUUAUCCUCAACUAUUGCGUAGCCGUAGGAACACUAAUUCUUAUUUUUGCAUCCAUUUGGCGUACUGCAUCCGUGUCAUUCGUGCCCACGGGUUAUGUAUUGAAAUGGUUUACCCUAAUCCUGGCACUCCAAAUCGUAGCCUUCAUCCUGGGUUUUGGUUUACCUCUGGUGGUAGCUUAUGUCUUGGACAAAUAUGGACUUUCGAUGACUUACUUUAGCACUCCGGCAUUGAUGAUUGGCCUUUACGUUUGUCCCAGUCUCCUGGGAUUGAGCUUGCCCUCCUACAUCUAUCUCCAACUCCAGAAGACAGACAAACUUUCCUUUGCCCAACAAUUGCUAUUGGUGCUUCAUGGACAUGCUGCAGUUCUGGCCCUCCUGACAUUUGCUAUGAGCUUUUGUGGUCUGAGAAGCACCUAUGUGGUGACCUGGACCCUCAUCUUCUAUGCAAUUCCUUUGAUCCUUAAUCUACUAACCACUCUCCACGAUCGCGGGUUCUCUUGGUCUGGAUUACACAAGAUUUUCCAAAUUAUUCCUUUCGCCUACAAUAGCUAUUUGAUUUUCUGUUUUCUUGUGAUUCUCACACCCAUGAUGGGUCGUUUCGGCAGGUCAAUUAAUCCCGAUUUGAUUAUCUCUGCUUUGAACUCUUUGGGCACAAUUCUGGCCUUGGGUUUCUUGAUUCCUUUGAUAAAUAUGUUCCGCAGACCUAGCCUUAUUUUAAUAGCUUUUUUGGGACUGAGUGGAGUCACCAUUUUUAUGGCUACCUCCACACAGAUCGGUUUUCCAUAUCGUCCCAAAACCAAUGUACAACGAGUACCUUUUCUGCAUGUCCGUAGAACCUUCUACGAGUACGAUGGCUCAGUGAGCAAGGACGAUUCCGGUUACUUAUUCAAUUUACAGGAUCGUCGCGGACCCAACCCCCUGAAGGACUCCGAGGUAAAUCUGACGGGACUGGUCAGUGUCGCUUCCGAUUGUGACAAGUAUUUGAUGUGCGGCUAUCCCAUGUACGAUCAUCGUUGGGUCAAGAACCGUCGCAACGCACUAUAUCUGCCCCGAUCGGAGCCAGUCGUGGUUCCUUACGAAGUCAAACUGGAGCUACUGAACAGGACUAUCCUGGAGAACAAUGUUACGGUGCGCUUCGAAUUCCGGGCCAAUUGCACGGAUCACUGCAGUCUGUUUAUAAAACCCGAAACUGACGUGAAGAUCUCCAACUGGUCCUUCCACCCCGCCUACAUCGGCACGCAAACCACAUAUCAUAUAUACUUUACAUACGGCAAGGACAAAUCACCGCUGACCUUCUUCAUAGAGUUUUCGAAAUCCACUGGGGACUUCAACAUUCCCAUUUUUCAGAUUGGUCUAGCCGUACAUUUUAUUGGCAAGCCUGUCGAUAAGACAAGUCAAAAGUUUAUAGAUUCCCUGCCAUCCUAUGCCGCUCCAGUAGAUUGGCCAACCUCUUACCAAGUUUAUAGUUAUUAAGAACUUAUUACAAUUGUUAGCCUUGAUUCUUUCAUCGUAGCCACAAUAAAUAACAGCCUUUAUGGCUCUUUGUAAAUAACAGAUCUUUGUAAAUAAUCAAAUAAAGAUUUUUAGCACGCAGUA